CUCUGUUUUCGAAACGCGCUGUCGCGACGGGGACGUCGCUGGCGCUGCGAGUGUGAAAAAUGGCCGCGAACGUGAGAACAGAAAUGCGAAUACCGACGCGUUCGGCGCCUCGUCCCCCGGGUCAGAGUGCGACACAGAGAGACCCGAUUUGGAGCAGCAGUAAUGAUAUAUUUGGGGAUGCUCUGACACAACCUGUACAAAAGAAGAAGCCACCUCCUCGACCACCACCUCCAAAAUUCAACCAUAAUCAUACGCAGUAUCAGAAAGAUUUAAAACCGAAAAAACCAGCCAGGCCAACGGAGCUAUUGACUAACUUCUUCGGGCGAAAGAAACAGGAGAAUGCUCCUCUCUCAUCGCGUUUCACCAACCAGAAUCAAAAUUCACAAUUAAUGCAACCCACAAAUUCCAGUGCGACGGUAUCCUUGAUAGACCUCAGUCCACCUGGGUCACCGACAUUUACAACACGAUCCAGUGAUGGUGUCAGCGUUGACAGCUUUGGUAGUGAUGGAAACUCCAACCCAUCCGUGUUUACGAGUAGUGGAAACACGUCGCAAACGGAAAGUGCCUUCGAGGAUGACUUUGAUUUUUUUGGCAUAUCCGCCAGGAAAAUAACGCAAAAUGAUCCGUGGCAGACUAAAACGACAGUGCAGAAUGAUCCAUUUGGGCCUCUUGAAGACACAUGCUCGAACGUGUCUCAAGGUGCUAGCGGCACGUGCCUCUUUCCUUUUAAUACCAAUAAUCGCGUAGCGAACCAAGUGCCUUCCAAUUUGAUUACUUCUAAACCUCUCGUCACGUCGAUGCCAACGAUAAUUCGAGCGAAGCCUCCUAAACCUCCAGCACCAAAGAUACCGUUUAAAAAAUUGGAACCAAUACCUAAGGAAAUGUGUAAUGACUUUGAAGUCUCGAGUGGCAGCGUGAUGAAUAAACCAUUGACAUUACAUUUUUCAAAUGCGUGGUCGAAUGACGGUGAAGAGAGUGAUAGUCCAUCACCACCCAUGCCAACGAUUCCAGCGCCGACGCUACCUGUGAAUUACUUGACAGAAUUUGGCAGCGAUCCUGAAGUGACUAUUAGAGAUUCUGAUAAACCUCACGGUAUUGCACUGUAUGAUUUCCCGGCAACACAUCCGGACGAUUUGGCUUUAAAAGAAGGCGAUCUCGUGCAAUUAACGAAAAAGGUCAAUGACGAUUGGUUGGAAGGAAGAAUAGAAAAUCGUCAAGGGAUCUUUCCGCUUAGUUUCAUCGAUAUUAAAGUACCUCUGCCAGGUUUACCAGACAAUGUAGUCACAGCACUCUACGCUUUUCCAGGAGAGAACAGCAAUGAUUUGUCAUUCGAGGAGGGCGCAAAGAUUACAGUCAUAUCAAGGCUAUCGGAAGAUUGGUUGUAUGGUGAGUACAAUGGUAGGAAAGGACAAUUUCCAGUAAAUUAUGUAAAUAGACUUCCGCGUAAUUUUUCUCAAUAAAUAUUUUGUAUCAAGUGUAUUAACAAUUUACUAUUCCGAGAGUCUCUGUAUUACAAACAUUUAAGAUUAAUAAUCUCAUCUUUAUAAACCAGUAAACUAAAAAGAGAAUAGUGAUAAAAAGAGAAAGUUAAUUCUUUAAUUGAUCCUUUAAUGAUGUAAUUUCAAGCACGUAGAUAAGAAAA